GAGGGGGAGGAAAGGGAAGGCAAAGAUGCCAUAGUGGGUGACUAAAUUAAAGGAGAUGGAGCUGGCUUGAAUUUAGAGGAUGGUAUAUGUUUUUGAGCAUGUGGGUCAAGGAGGAUGAAUGGUAGAAUGGGAGUGGCCAGCAAAAUAAUUUUGGGGAGUGAGAGGAGGAAUCUAGUGGGACACGAUGAGUUCAGUGAGGAGUACUAUGCUUUGGAAGAUGAAAGUGAAAAAAGGAGGGGGAAAAAAAAAAUUUCUUUUACUAUCAGAGGUUGGAGGUAGAAGAAGUGAUAAAUAUAGGUCAGUUUUAUAGUUCCUGGCAGGUAGUAAACAUAAGCUGGAGUUAAAGAUGGCUGUAAAGGAUGGAAUAUUUUUGGAAAAGAGGAGGAAAGAAGAAAAGCAAAAUAGACACCCAAGAGCGUAGGAGAGCAAUGAAGGCAACUGAGAAGACAGAAGAACUAAAGCACCCAACCAACCUGCAAGACGGAAAGAAAAGUGAAAGAAGUGAGAGUUUGUGAGGAACAGGAGAUUGCCCAUGAUCCUUUUGCUGCACACCAUGAAUAUAUGCGGCAGAUGAUGAGAAGCUUUUCUGAUCCUUUUGGACAAGAUCCAUUUCUCAGUAUAACAGAUGGUGGGGAGAGAACAGUAGAUCGAAGAGGACGCCAAGACUCUCAGGUUGCUGUAAGAGGAAAUCGCAGAGCAACGAGCUGCUCCCUCAUGCCCUUUGCAGGCUUUGGUAGAGUGCAGGAUGUGGAUUUUGGGGAACCCUUUUUUGCAAUGGACAGGAUGAUGUCAAAUAUGAGAAACAGUAUGCUGGAAAUGCAAAGAAAAUUUGAUGACCUGUCCGUCCAUCCAGAUGCACACACGUUCAGCUCCUCCUCUGUGAUGACAUACUCCAAAGUAGGGGAUGAACCACCAAAAGUUUUCCAAGCUUCAGCUCAGACACGCACUGCUCCAGGAGGUGUUAAGGAGACAAGAAAAGCACUCAGGGAUUCUGAAAGUGGAUUGGAAAAAAUGGCUAUUGGUCAUCAUAUUAAUGAUCGUGCUCAUGUCAUUAAAAAAUCAAAGAACAGCAAGACUGGUGAUGAAGAAAUGAACCAAGAAUUCAUCAACCUGGAUGAAACUGAGGCCCAGACCUUUGAUGAAGAGUGGCAGAAAGAGAUUAUGAAGUUCAAGCCAUCUAGAACUAGAGGCAAUUUAGAAGCUCCAAAGUACAGAAGUAUUCAUCAUGUACCCAAGGAAAAUGGAUCAAAAAGAGAGAAGCCACUUGCAAUUGCAAGUUCCAGGGAGCCCAGAGCUUCUUUGGAGAAUCUCAGUGUGAAAGGAACACACGUCCCCAUCAAAAGCAGCAAAAAAUAAAUUGCUUCCAUUCUCCAUUUGAAUGGAGUUUCUUCAGAGGAGAUAAUGGUGCUGCAUUGCUUAUGUUCAUAUAAGUAUACACGUAUAUAUGACCAAUCUCUGUUUUUUGUUCUAGUAAGUAUUAGCGUGCCUUGCUACUCCGAUAUUUUGACAACUGAAUGUGCUUUAAAACUUCAGACCCUUGGUUAAAACCAUCUAGUUUCAGUUUUUAAAUUAAAAAACUGAUGACUUUCCACUUAAAAGCACUUUAAUGGAUUAUCACUAAUUCUGUGGUGUUUUUUUCUUUUUUUUUAAAAAAAAAAGCUUUGAUUUGCAAGAUUUUGUACUACAACUGCACCAGUCUCAGACUUUUUAUUAAGCCUGGUAAUUAAACUACUUUUUCCCACACUCUAACUUGCACAGGAAGUAAAUUCUCUUUUUAUUUUGUGUGGCUGAAGUAAUUAUUAGUUUUCUAGGUUAUACAGCAAUUAAUAGCAAUUUGAAUACAUUAUAGCCCCUACAUAGACAUAUGUAUAUAUCUUUAAAAUCAUACCUUAAUUUGCUAUAGAAUUCCCAGAUUCACCUUGUUUUAAUAUGAAGAAAAUUGAGAGAGAUGCUAAAAUGAGAAAUACUUAAGUUUUUGUUUUUCAGCAUUCAUAAGCUGUGCUUGCAUCUCUUAUUUUCUGUGCUGGGGCUGUCAGUUGGUAAUGUUUCCUUUGGAGAUGGCCCAUUGUUUUUCAUUCUUGAAGAUUCUCUGUAGUAGCUUUUUAAUUAUUCUGUAAUAAUACCACUGUAUCCUAAGAAACUCAGCUGUAACUAUUACUUAUUAAUCAGAAAAAUGUGGGAGACAUUGGUUUAGUGGGCAGUAGUUUAACUGGAUAAGGAAUAAUUACAACAUUUAUUCUGUUCUAAAAACUAAGAGUCCUCUAUACAGGAAACCAGUUCCCCCCCUCAGCUGAGAUGUUUGUAAAUCUGACGCUUGAUCUCCCUUGACCUUGUUGUUGUUACUGUUUGGUUAAAGACUCUGCUGUUCUAGAGGAAAGCCAACUCUAUGACUGAGAACAGAAAAUGUCUUUGUUUUCCAAGUGUUAAGUUUGUGUGUGCUGUUUUGUAAUGCAGGAUUGAUCCCCAUGUCGUAGCGUAAACAACUUCUGUAGACUAUAAGAUUAUAGCAUUAGCACUGUAGCAUAUAUUUCAAGGCUAAAACAUUAUAGUGUAGCCUUAAAGGCACUAUUUAUAUGAUAAAAGAAAAUAGGUUUACUAAGUUAAGAUUAAUAUUAAAUUUGGUCAAAAAGGAAAUGGCCUUUAAAUCCUACCUUUCUGCAGAUUCCUCAGAUUAUUUAAUUCUGUGUUUAUUAAUGUGCAAAAAUAAUGAAAAGUACUUUUGUUGAAAUCUGACAAGGGAAAGAGAAUUGUUUAUUUGCUUGUUUAAUGCAAUGGUCUCUUCCCAUUAUCGAAGCAAAUCCUAGUGGCAGUAAGUUAAUGCUGUUGAACCAUCCAUGGUCAGUCGGGGAAGUGGGUGGUCGGGGGGUAGCAACCUCUGACAGGAGGACAGGCUGAAACGGGGGGAUGUCACAGUCCAGCUUGCCAGAACCCUGCAGCUAAAGGAUGAUUUUACUCCUUAAAAAGUAAGAGUACAACUUCAGGGCCUGAUCUUCCAUACAUAAGAGACAACAUGGAUUUUGUAAUAAACAUCGUUGAGAAUAUAAGGCUGUGGAGGCCUUUUCCAGGAACGUCACUUGAACUUCCCUGUAAUAAACAGCAGAAAAGUUUUUCAUUUGGUAACUUCAAAAGAAAUUUUUGAUUUGAGAGACACUGCUAUUUAACAGAAAAUAGUAUUCAUCUGACAACUGACACUAUGCUUUACUAAGAUUAAAAAACAUGACGCAUAUAGGUAAUCAAUAAAACACACCUAGUGGAAAGAGGCUAAUAUUCAUUAGAGAUUACUCUGUUAUGCAAAACAAAGUUCUAAAAUGUAACACAAAAGAAAUUGUUCUGUGUAGAAGCAUCUGAAACUGUAAUUCUUUAAUAAAGUUAUUUAUUAUUUAUGGUUA